UCCUCACUUUUCUGCUACAGACUCGGACUCGUUCACUCUCUCACUCUCUCUCUGUAGAAUUUGCUAAAAAUAGAGAUGAGUAUCUGUGUCCGACUUUUCAUCUAUCUCACUCUCUUUCCUUUACCCUCUCUUCUCUGUUACUACUCUGUUUCAUUACCAACUCAGACUCUGAGAUUGAUUUUUCUUCCAACAUGGCUUUUAUGAGACUUGGCUCCAAAUCCGAAGCUUUCCAUCGUGAAGGCCAAACCUGGCUUUGCACCACAGGACUCGUGAGUGAUGUUACCAUAGAAGUUGGAGACAUGAAGUUUCAUCUCCACAAGUUCCCAUUGCUCUCCAGAAGUGGGCUUCUUGAGAGGCUAAUCGAAGAGUCUUCAACUGAUGAUGAUGGAUCAGGCUGUGUUUUGAGUUUAGAUGAGAUACCGGGAGGCGGCAAAACGUUCGAGCUUGUGACCAAAUUCUGCUACGGUGUGAAGAUCGAGCUUACCGCAUUCAAUGUUGUUAGCCUUAGAUGUGCAGCUGAGUACCUUGAGAUGACUGAUAACUAUGGAGAAGGGAAUCUUGUCGGUAUGACAGAGACUUUCCUCAACGAAGUGUUUGGGAACUGGACCGACUCGAUCAAAGCUCUUCAGACAUGCGAGGAAGUGAUCGAUAACGCUGAAGAUCUUCACAUUAUCUCCAGGUGUGUUGAUUCUUUAGCUGUCAAAGCCUGUGCUGACCCGAGCCUUUUCAAUUGGCCCGUGGGAGGAGGAAAGAACGCUACAAGCGGGCAGAACACAGAAGAUGACGCACAUUUGUGGAACGGAAUCUCGGCUUCCGGAAAGAUGCUGCAACAUACUGGAGAAGAUUGGUGGUUUGAUGACGCUUCGUUUCUUAGCUUGCCUCUCUUCAAAAGACUCAUUACCGCUAUUGAAGCACGUGGCAUGAAGCCCGAGAACAUCGCGAUGGCGGUUAUGUACUAUACAAGGAAACAUGUUCCUCUGAUGAAUAGACAAGCGACCAUGGAUGAGCAAGUGAAUGAGACAUCGAAUCCUUCUGAAGAAGACCAAAAGUCUUGUCUUGAGGAGAUUGUAGGGUUGCUUCCGAACAAGAAAGGUGUAAACCCGACCAAGUUUCUUCUCAGGCUGCUUCAAACUGCAAUGGUGCUUCACGCAAGCCAAUCCUCGAGGGAGAAUCUGGAGAGAAGGAUUGGAAAUCAAUUGGACCAAGCUGCUCUAGUUGAUCUUCUUAUACCAAAUAUGGGAUACUCUGAAACACUUUAUGAUGUUGAAUGCGUUUUGAGAAUGGUUGAACAGUUUGUUUCUUCAACAGAACAAGGAGGUAUCGUCCCUUCUCCUUGCAUCACUGAAGAAGGACAUUUGGUGAAGGAUGGAGCUGAUUUGAUAAGUCCCACCACGUUAGUGGCAACUUUGGUUGACGGUUAUCUCGCUGAGGUCGCACCCGAUGUUAACCUGAAGCUGGCGAAGUUUGAAGCCAUCGCUGCUGCAAUUCCUGACUAUGCAAGGCCACUAGAUGAUGGAGUUUAUCAUGCCAUCGAUGUGUACUUGAAGGCUCAUCCGUGGAUUACGGAUUCAGAAAGAGAGCACAUAUGUAGGCUCAUGAAUUGCCAGAAGCUCUCGUUGGAAGCUAGCACACAUGCGGCUCAGAACGAGAGGCUGCCUCUUCGGGUGAUUGUUCAGGUUCUCUUUUUCGAACAACUUAGGCUCAGGACAUCUGUAUCGGGCUGGUUCUUUGUCUCUGAGAACCUAGACAGCUCUGAGAACCCAAAUGGCGGCAAUGGGGGUUUACUUAAGCCCAGAGGUGAGAGCGUAAGAGAACGUGUAUCUGAGCUGGAAAAGGAGUGUGUGAGCAUGAAACAAGAGCUGCAUAAGCUGGUGAGGACGAAAAGAAGCUGGAAGAAUUUCACCAGGAAGCUUAACUUCAAGAAGAAAUCAGAAUGCUGCAAGCCCAAGGAUCAAGCAACGCCAGCAAUUUGAGCUCGUUCCAUCGAUCAAACUCCUCUGUUUUAAGGCAAAACUACUAGUUUUCCCUUUUCCUUUUUUUUGUUUUACUUAGGUAGAAAGAUCAGAACCUCGAGAUACCGAGUAAUCGUUUAGAUUAGCUUUGUUUUUUUCUGGUUCUUGAUGAUACUCUGUUUUCAAAAGUUUUCAUCUUUCUCUUAGUAUCUCGCUAAGAGUUUUGAUGCUUUUUA